GGCCCUGGAGAUCAGAUGUCUGGGUCCCCAGUGGGGCAGAAUCCAAGGCUCUUGGGGAGGUGGGGGAGUGGUUCUAUCUGGGACCCCCUUGGAUGGCAGAGUGAUGCUGGGAGGUUUAGCUACUGGCCUGCUAGGCAGUAAGGAGUUAAGUGGCUCUUCUGUCACCUGAGCCGGGCAUCAAAUGGCCUGGUCCAGGUUCCUCUUGGAAGGGGCGGAGCCAGGCCUGUCCUGGGCCUCUCCUGCAGCCUCAGGCCCCGGUGACUCCGAUGACUCCAGCGGAGGAGCUCUGGGAUACUCUUGUUGAAGGAAGCGGUCUUACUGGCUGCCCUCACCUGACUCUGUGUCCCCAGGCCCCCAGCCAUGGCUCUAUCCCUGCCUCUGGGCACUGGACUUGGCUCAGAGCCCCUCAGCCACCCCCCGGGAGCCCCUAGGGAGCCGGACUUUGUUGGACGCACGGUCUGCCCUGCAUCCGGAGAGGAGAGCACCAGCCCAGAGCAGGCCCAGACCCUGGGACAGGACGCCUUGGGCCCUCCUGAGCACUUCCAGGGUGGGCCAAGGGGUAAUGAGCCCGCCGCUCGCCCCCCAAGAUGGUCAACACCCUCUUCCCAUGAGGACCCAGCUGGGGGCAGACAUUGUGAGCACCCUGCUUCUGGCCUGGAGGUACUGGAGGCUGAGCAGGACAGCCUACACCUGUCCCUGCUGGGGCUGGGCCUCUGGCUGCAGGACCUGGAGCAAGGCCCAGGGCGCUGGGCGUUGGCCCAGAGCGGGAUGGUGCAGCUGCGGGCCCUCCAGGCGGACCUACGAGGGGCAGCUGAGCGUGUGGAGGCGCUGAUAACGUUUGGUGAGGGGCUGGCACAGCGGAGUGAGCCGAGGGCCUGGGAAGCCCUGGAGCAGAUCCUGCGGGCCCUGGGAGCUCACCGAGACACCAUCUUCCGGAGGCUCUGGCAGCUGCAAGCCCAGCUGGUCAGCUACAGCCUGGUGUUUGAAGAGGCCGACACACUGAACCAGGACUUGGAGAUCGAGGGAGACUCGGACUGGCCAGGACCUGGUGGUGUGUGGGGGCCCUGGGCACCCAGUAGCCUUCCCACUUCUGCAGAAUUGGAGUGGGAUCCGGCGGGGGACAUUGGGGGCCUUGGGCCCUCAGGACAAAAGACUGCCCGGAUACUAGGAGCGCCCUGUGAGCUGUGUGGCCACAGAGGCCCCCAGGGCAGGGUACAAGGCCUUGAGGAACCACACACCUCUCACUCCCGACAGGACAUGCUGGAGUCCAGCCUCAGCCACUGGAAACACUUAGCAGGUCACCGAAGACGCUCCCUGCUCCGAAAGCCUCAGGGCUCCCGAUCCUGCAUCCAGGUGGCCCCUGACCUUCCUCCUUAUCCUUUUCCUCCUCUUCCUCCUCCUGGUGGGUGCCGUGUUUCUCCUGCCUGUGUCAGGAGGCCUCUGCUGCUUUCACGCCCGAAUGCCCCGGAUACCCUACCUAGUGCUCAGCUAUGUCAAUGGUCUUCCCCCAGUCUGAUGUGUGUAAUAAAUGGUCACUGUCAAAGGAAGUGUGAGGAUACUGGGUGCUUGCAUACCCAGAAUCCAGAAUGUGGCCUGGAUAUAUCUGGACAGACCCGUUUGCCAUGAGCACAGAACACAGAACUGCAUCAGCCCAUCUUGGGUGGGGCUGCUCCAGACCCUGACACAAAGGGUCAAAUACCAGUUCUUUAUUUAGGUGUGGCAGGGGAGCCAAUAUGUAAGCUCAGGAAGGGAGAAAGCCAAUACUGGGUGAGUUACUAGUUGCUGCUCUGGGCACCUGGGGUGCCAUGCCAUUGGGGAGCUCUGGGAAAUUGUGGAACACAGUUCAAACUGGUUCUACCCUAGGGGCAAAGAAGUGGCUUUUUUUUUUUUUU